AUGAAAGUCACUCUGAAAGAGUGGAACGCGGUCGCCACUUGGCGCUGGGAUAUGCCCAAGGAUGAUGUUUGUGGUAUCUGUCGCGUCCAGUUUGAUGGAACAUGCCCGACUUGCAAAUUCCCCGGCGACGAUUGUUCACUACUGCUGGGGAAAUGUGGACAUUCCUUCCAUAUGCACUGUCUGAUGACCUGGAUCCAGCAAGAAACUUCCAAGGGGCUUUGUCCGAUGUGUCGACAGAAAUUCGAAUGGAAACAAGAUGUUGAAUAA